UGGCCGUUGAUUGUCUGUGUUGAGAUAUAUAGAUGUGAUCUGUUGGAUCGAUGUGUACUACUACUCUCAAUUAGCACCGCGAUUAUCUAUCCGAAAACCGUGCUCUGUGUGUGCUUCGUAGUGUCAAGAAUUAUUAUUAUUCAAUAUCUUAUGGAAGUGAUGUCCUGCUAAUGAAUGUGUCUCUAUCAAUAUAUUGCUUGAAGUGUACUUGAAAUUGCUUCUAUCACCACCAAUCACCACCACCACCGGUCAAAACAAUUUACUCCGGCCUGCCAUCAAAUACUAUUUGUACAAAAUCCUCUCUUCUCUGAUACACAUAGACUACUAUAUCUCUAUAUCUGUGUGUCUUAUCGCGCCGCGGCACGAGUAAGAGAGAUAACGAUAAGACCAAAUCAGACUCAGUCUGUUAGUUGGACAGCACGAGCAGCAGCAGACAGGUGUCCAGAUGGAAAUGCUCCACUCGCUCAACACCCUGGCCGGUAAGAUUUCGCCGCAGAGUGGCAAACCGGCCGCGCCGCACAACAACAACAAUAACAACAACACCAACCACAACAACAACAACCACCAUCACCCGUACCAUAAGGUGGCCAAGGUGGAGGUGUCCAGCAGCGGCGGCAGCACCGCCUCCGAGCCAUCCCCUAACUCGGAGGCCAACUCCAACGGCCGUCUCAGCCCCUCUAGUCAAAUGAAUAUGAACAACAGAUGUGUCGAGAUGUUGGACCAGCCAGACCCAGACGCGAUCAAGAUGUUCGUCGGCCAAAUCCCUCGUAGCAUGGACGAGGAGAAGUUGCGCCAGAUGUUUGAAGAGUUCGGCAAAGUGCAUCAAAUCAACGUGCUGCGGGACAAAGUCACCAGCCAGAGCAAAGGCUGCUGCUUUGUCACCUUCUAUACAAGAAAGGCUGCUUUGGAUGCGCAGAAUGCGCUUCAUAAUAUCAAGACUUUAACAGGGAUGCAUCACCCGAUUCAAAUGAAGCCUGCGGAUAGUGAAAAUAGAAAUGAGCGUAAACUUUUUGUUGGUAUGCUGUCAAAGAAAUGCAAUGAAAAUGACGUGAGAGGAAUGUUUGGAACGUUUGGUACAAUUGAAGAGUGCACCGUUCUGAGAGAUACCAACGGCCAAAGUAAAGGCUGUGCCUUUGUUACCUACACAUCUAAACAAUGUGCCAUCAACGCCAUCAAGGCGAUGCAUCAUUCCCAAACCAUGGAGUUGGACUCUCUAAUUUCGCAGGGCUGCUCGUCGCCCCUGGUGGUCAAGUUUGCCGACACACAGAAGGAGAAGGACCAAAAGAGACUGCAGCAGAUGCAAGCCAACCUCUGGAACCUCAGCACACUGCCACAGUACUUGACUGUGAGUGCCAACCCGAACUUGCUCCAGCAGAUGCAGCAGCAGACGCAGGCGACACAGGGAGCGGGGGCGGCCAACUCACCCGCCAACCUGCUUGCCAGCAUGCAGCAGCUAAUGAGCAUGCAGCAACUGCAGGCGGCUGGAUCAGCCGGCCUGCAAACGCUAGCUGCCCUCCAGGGCUCUGCAGGUUUGAGCCUGUCCGGCUCUGCGGGGUCCGGAGCCACUAGUGAUAUCAGCGCGGCCAACCUUCAGGGACUCGCCACUCUGGCGAACCUCUCUGUCGCCAAUCAAACUGUGAACCCGAUGAGCAUGCAGAAUUUGGUCACUCUGGCCGCCAUUUCUGGUGGAAACGGAGCGAAUUUGCAGGCUGUUUCACCCACUGGAUCCAGUGCCUCUGGGUUAAGUAGUCCAGCCCUCACGGGGUUGACUAAUUCAACGGCAGGUAUGUCCCUUCUUGGCAAACCCAAAUCCAAAGGGUCGAUAGCGCCGGUCACUUCUAGUGCGAGCAACUCGUUCAGUGCAGUCAGUCCAGUCACCUCGAUGGGACUGGGCGCCCUCUCAGGGACCACCCUCACCAGCCUCAAUGGCCUCGCCGGCUCAGCGGCCACCAACGGCUCCAGCCUCGACCCCCUUUCCUACUCUAGCAUACAACAGUACACAGGGUUCCCUGGCUUUAGUUCUAAUACAAUGAAUACGGCGGCGGUGGCGGCUGCGGCUGUCACCUCUGGAAAGCAAGUCGAGGGCCCUGAAGGUGCCAACCUGUUCAUUUAUCACCUGCCACAAGAGUUCAGUGACUCUGACCUUGGGCAAACGUUCGCUCCCUUCGGCCAGGUGCUUUCUGCCAAAGUAUUCAUCGACAAGCAGACGAACCUCUCCAAGUGCUUUGGCUUUGUAUCAUACGACAACCCUUUGAGUGCCCAGUCUGCCAUCCAGUCGAUGAACGGUUUUCAGAUCGGAACCAAACGCCUCAAGGUGCAGCUCAAGCGAUCCAAAGAGGCCUCAAAGCCGUACUAAUGAAUGUAGGUUCUGAGACUGCCACAACAAUUUGUUGGUUGAGUGUUGACCUUUUGACCGCCGUCCCUCCUCUGCCUGAUGUGUCAACGUCUUAGGUGUCAUGUUGUUGUACGUGCGAAGAAAAGUUCUCUGUUGCUACUACACUCACUCAUUCACUCUGGAUUCAGACAAAAACAAAAUAGUAACGCUCGACCUGUCUCGCAUUAUUGAUUAAUAUUAUAUACGUUGUAUGAAUCGAGAUCGUAUUCGUUGAUUGGUGGAUAUUUACACUUUUUUAUUGUUGCUGGUUGGUGUCAUAAAUAACAGUAUAAUGUUGAUGCAGCUGAAGAUGAAAGAUUUCUAUAUUACACGAGCAAAAAUUAACCGUCAUAUCACAAAGAUAGGAAAAUUAUUAACUGUCACAGAUCAAUAUAGUGCAGCGGAUUUAUACAUAUUUUUACAGAAAAUCAUAAUUACUCUCCCCUUCGACACGUAAAAAGAGCCGAUAAAUAAUUCGGGCAAAGUAUGUGCGGAAUCAGACAAAGAAUCGCACUCUUCGCCCGCUCUCCUGAUUUAGAAACAUUUGACAGUUAUUCAUUUUGUGUCUUUAAUUUUCCGCAAAUUACGUGGGUUUAAUGUUACUUCUUUACUUUAUGAUGGUUUCUCCCCUUGAUUAAUUUCGUUUGGUGUUUCUUCUCUUUGGUUUAGUUUUUGCAUUCGGCACGCGAAAAGUAUGUGUCUUCUCUUUUAUCUUUUUGUUAUAACUUCAAAUUUUUGGUUGAUUUCUUGGUAGAUGUGUAGUACAGGAAAUAUUAAGUGGGAAAUGCAAUGUGUUAUUUUGUUCAAUUGCCAUGUAACGAUGGAGAAAAUCAGCAGACGAUGUUUUGUGUGUGCCUUUAUUGUUGUGAAAAAUGAAUUUAUUAUUACACUAUUAUGUACUUAAAAUCGAGUCAUAUAAUUGAAUAAUUACAAUUAAAAUAAUUAUUAGGAGUAAUUUCUUUGGAUGAUAGUGCAUUUUAGAGUUUAAUUAAAGCGAAGUAAACACGUAAAUAGUCACACGUGCCGAUCAAGAGGGCGCGCGCAAGAGAGAAAAACAGCAAAAACACUUAACAAGAGAAAUAGAAAUAAUAUCAAACAGCAAAAGAAGUCGACACUAAAUAUUAAUCCGCAGCGAAUGGCGUUUUGUGUUGAUUUUUAUGACUGACUGUACCUUUUCAAUCAAUUAAUUGUUUUACUAUGUAUGUUGCUUCUUUAUCACCAUAAUGUGGUUCUCCAAAUAGUCCCCAAAGAAUUAUUUUCUAUUCUAAAGACAAAUUUCAAUGCAAAGUUACCAAAUAUGAGAAUGAAUGCAAGAAACGGGAGAGGUGAAGCGUAAAGUAAAGCACUCCCUCUGUCUAUCUAAGGUUGCCAAAAACGCUGAGACGAAAAUCAAACUAAAAUUGCACUCCUCGUCAUUAAACACGUUUUUGAAGUUAAGGAGAGUAGAGCCAAAGAAAUUUCGAUAUUCGCCCUUGUACACUUCAUUGCCAAAGUCCAUUUUCACAUUUCUUACAUAAUAUACUUUUGGCUGCUACGUAAUUUAAAUGAAACGGGACCCUCAUGUACAAUUAAAUCUGUUUUCUGUGAGCUGUCACUUGGUCGAGAUCAAAUUACAAUUAUCAUGCUGAACGCGCGCGGUCGGCCAACAUUUAUGCGGAUGUUCCUUAAUAAUUUGUUUUUGUCAUUAAACUGCUGGUCAUAAAAGUCUCAGGAAAACACACACACACACAACAUAAUUCUUUUGUACUAUCAUCAGGAUGUAGAGUGUAUUAUUUUCGUUUCUUAUCGUCGCUGAAUAUCUUGUAAAAUAUUCGUGAAUGAUCAUUGUUACCCGUCAUUCACUGAGCGCAUAAAAUCGAUUGCAGAGAAAUGCCAUGAUUUGUGUUGGAUGAUCAUAAUGUGCAAGUUGUUUCAAUGUCGAAAAGUCUUAAAAUUCAUACACACGCAUGUGCGCAGCUCCCAAAUCAAAAAGGAUGUCUGUGUAAAUCUGGGGUGGAAAUCGUUUCUGUUGAGAAAAGUCAAUUUGUUUGAUUGGACGGCAUUUUGUUGGCUAAAGUGCAAAUAAACCGUGUUUGUUGUAUGUUAACUAAAUUAACACACGAGAGGACAGGAAAAGCAGGAAGAAAAACCUUGAGCCUGCUUUUAAAAAUAAAGAAAAUGUUUUGACUAUCAAAUAAACAAUGAUCUCUACACCCAAAAAAUAUUUGCUUGUCGAAAUACGUGGCAAAACUGUAACAGAUGAAUUUUUGUUUUCUUGUCUCGCGCUAUAAAUUAUUGAUGAUUUGUGUGCUCCUUGAGUUUAAUGAAACCGAGAGUCCCGGAUGAAGUUCUCUGUCUUGUUCUGUAUUGUAAAAUGCAAGUUUUGAUUACGAUGUGAAGUAAAACGAUACAGAGAAAGAGAGCUAUAAUUGAAAAAGAGAGCAAAACAGAGUUUCCGUAGAUGUGUGCAGACUUUGAGACAGAGAGUUUAUAUAAUUAUUAAAUUGUAGUCUGAGAUAACAUUUUAAAUUAUUGCUUAAUGAUGAUGAAGAUGAACAACCACACGAGUGUAAUUUUAUGGCGAGAGGAUAUUUUAUCUUUGUACCAAAAUUACUGUGGUGUUUAUUUUAAGUGAUAAACGGAUUAAUGUACUAAGGGCAGCACAUAAUAAUAAAUCCUAUUUUGGAAGAAAAA